UCUAGCUGGUUCAUUCCAGGUUUUCAGUUCUCUAGCUAGCUCCUCGAGCCAACCAAGCCUCGUAUGAGUGGAGCUAGAACAUAGAAAAAAAUUCCUGCAGCUAGCUGGGAUUAAUUUCUUCUUUCUCUCGAUCUUCUGCUUCAUAUUAACACUUUCUAGAUAACUAGAUAGCUAGAGAGAGAGAGAGAGAUGGCAGCAGGUGGCAUCUCUUUGGAUCAUCCCUGGGCAUUUGCAUUUGGGAUCCUAGGAAACAUCAUCUCAUUCAUGGUGUACCUUUCUCCAUUGCCAACUUUUUAUCGUGUGUACAAAAAGAAAUCUACUGAGGGGUUUCAAUCAGUGCCAUAUGUGGUCGCAUUGUUCAGUGCAAUGCUUUGGAUAUACUAUGCUUUCAUCAAAACCAAUACAUAUCUUCUCAUCACCAUUAACUCAUUUGGAUGUGUAAUUGAGACCAUAUACAUCAUUAUAUUCCUCACUUAUGCCCCAAAGAAGGUCAAGAUACACACUUCCAAGAUGAUCUUGAUCUUGAAUGUGGGGUUGUUCUCUUCAAUUGUUCUAUGCACUCUACUCCUCUUCAAAGGCUCUGAUCGUCUCCAAGUUCUUGGAUGGAUCUGUGUUGGCUUCUCUGUUUGCGUCUUCGCUGCUCCUUUGAGCAUCAUAAGGUUGGUCAUACGAACCAAGAGUGUGGAGUUCAUGCCUUUCUCCUUAUCAUUCUUUCUCACUUUGAGUGCUGUUGUUUGGUUCUCCUUUGGCUUGUUCAGCAAAGACAUCUAUGUUGCUCUCCCAAAUGUAUUGGGAUUCACCUUUGGUGCAGUUCAGAUGGUGCUUUACAUAUUCUACAAGGAUGCUAAGGUUUCUCAGAGCUUGGUAGAUAAGGAGAAGAUUUCUGAGAAAGUUUCAGAUGAAUAUAAUAUAGAGGAGGGGAAGGUGGAGAAGAUAGUUAAUGGUGGCCAUGACAACCUAAAGGAUGACAAGGAGAUGAGCCCAGUGUAGGAAAGUAACUUAGAUUAAAUUUCAGUUAAAUGAAAUGAUGCCAUAUAUAUAGUUGCUCUCAUAUAUAUAUAUGAUGUGAGAUCAAAGUGGUGAUGUAAAAAAUAAGAGUUUAUAUGAUUGGGGGUUGUGGUUCAUUAGUAUCGAUUGUUGUUUUUGCCUACUAAAUAUUUGCUUCUUAUAAGUAGUGGUUGCAUUUUAAUGUACUUUUUUAUAUGGAAAUAUGAUUAUCAAUUCCUCU